AGCAAAUUUCUUAUUUAUGCAUGCCUGCUGCUUUUUUCCGUGUUGCUCUCUCUACGUCUGGAUGACAAAAUUCAAUGGAGUUACUGGGCUGUAUUUGCUCCAAUAUGGCUCUGGAAGUUGAUGGUGAUUGUUGGUGCCUCAGUGGGAACAGGAGUAUGGGCUCGAAACCCACAGUAUCGAGCAGAAGGAGAAACCUGUGUGGAGUUCAAAGCGAUGUUAAUUGCAGUAGGCAUCCACCUGCUGCUGCUGAUGUUUGAAGUGCUGGUGUGUGACAGGAUUGAGAGAGGAACCCAUUUCUGGCUUCUGGUCUUCAUGCCGUUGUUCUUUGUAUCUCCAGUGUCAGUUGCAGCUUGUGUGUGGGGAUUCCGACAUGACAGGUCUCUGGAGCUGGAAAUCUUGUGUUCAGUCAAUAUUCUACAGUUCAUAUUUAUUGCACUCAGACUAGAUGAGAUCAUCAGAUGGCCGUGGCUUGUUGUUUGUGUUCCACUGUGGAUCUUGAUGUCCUUUCUGUGUCUAGUAGUGCUCUAUUACAUUGUAUGGUCUGUUCUGUUCUUGCGCUCCAUGGAUGUGAUUGCUGAGCAAAGGAGGACGCACAUAACGAUGGCUGUCAGCUGGAUGACAAUUGUAGUUCCACUGCUCACAUUUGAGAUCUUAUUAGUACACAGACUGGAUGGGCAUAAUUCUUUUUCUUUUAUACCCAUAUUUGUUCCUCUCUGGCUGUCACUGAUAACUUUAAUGGCAACAACAUUUGGACAAAAAGGAGGAAAUCACUGGUGGUUUGGAAUUCGCAAAGACUUUUGCCAGUUCCUGCUUGAAAUUUUCCCAUUCUUACGGGAAUAUGGAAAUAUUUCUUAUGAUCUUCAUCAUGAAGAUAAUGAGGAAACAGAAGAAACACCACUGCCUGAACCACCAAAAAUUGCACCAAUGUUUCGAAAAAAGACUGGAGUGGUCAUUACACAGAGUCCAGGAAAAUAUGUGAUUCCACCUCCCAAGCUAAACAUUGAUAUGCCAGAUUAAGAUGACAGUAGCAUAUUAAACUGGAACUGGGAAUCAGCA